GCGUGGUUUGCGCGCGCCCGGCCUGCGUGAGGCUGCGAGGAGGCUGCGUGAGCGCGCGGGGCGGGAGCAUCGGCCGCCCGCCGAAGUCUGAGCAGGAAACGCGCGGUGCUCGGAGUUCACAGCAAAUCUGUUCAUUAAAACAUGGAAUAUGGAAAACAAAAAACUUCAGCUAGUGCUUUAGUCUCAUCUGAGAUUUUUGGAUAAUAAGACUCUCUAGAACAACACUGAAUAGUAGAAUUGAUAAUGGGCAUCUUUAUCUUCUUCCUGACUUCAUUGGAAAUGUUUCUGAAGUUUCAUCGUUAAGUUUGCCGUGGCUUUUUCAACAGGCAUGUGUCUUGUAAGUAGUAUAUGACAGAGCUUUAAGCCUAUCUGAGAAUCUCUGUUUUUCAGUAGUUUGAGAUCUUUGGCAGUAUCUCUGCUUAAUUAAAUUUCAACCAUUUGUUUGUGACUACUACAUACUACUCAAUGUUCAGUUGGUGAAAUUGAAGGUCUUUCACUCCGAAGAAAUCAAGAGGAAGAACCUGAGGCCCGUGCUCCUGAACUUCUGUGAAUGGCCCCAGUGCUCCCGAUCACUCUUCCGAGUAAGAUGUCCCUGAGAUCCCUCAAGUGGAGCCUCCUGCUGCUGUCGCUGCUGAGUUUCCUAGUGAUGUGGUACCUGAGCCUCCCCCACUACAACGUGAUCGAGCGUGUGAACUGGAUGUACUUCUACGAGUAUGAGCCCAUUUACAGACAAGACUUUCAUUUCACACUUCGAGAGCACUCAAACUGCUCUCAUCAAAACCCGUUUCUUGUCAUCCUGGUGACCUCACACCCCUCAGAUGUGAAAGCCAGACAGGCCAUUAGAGUUACUUGGGGUGAAAAGAAGUCUUGGUGGGGAUAUGAGGUUCUGACGUUUUUCUUAUUAGGACAGCAGGCUGAAAGGGAAGACAAAGUGUUAGCCUUAUCCUUAGAGGAUGAGCACCUUCUUUAUGGUGACAUAAUACGGCAAGAUUUUUUAGACACAUACAAUAACCUGACCUUGAAAACGAUUAUGGCAUUUAGGUGGGUAACUGAAUUUUGCCCCAAUGCCAGGUACAUCAUGAAGACAGACACGGAUGUUUUCAUCAAUACUGGCAAUUUAGUGAAGUAUCUUUUAAAUUUAAACCACUCAGAAAAGUUUUUCACAGGUUAUCCUCUAAUUGAUAAUUAUUCCUAUAGAGGAUUUUACCAAAAAACCCAUAUUUCAUACCAGGAGUAUCCCUUCAAAGUGUUUCCCCCCUACUGCAGUGGGUUGGGUUAUAUAAUGUCCAGAGAUUUGGUGCCAAGGAUCUAUGAAAUGAUGAGUCACGUAAAACCCAUCAAGUUCGAAGAUGUCUAUGUUGGAAUCUGUUUGAAUUUAUUAAAAGUGGACAUUCAUAUUCCAGAAGACACAAACCUUUUCUUUUUAUAUAGGAUCCAUUUGGAUGUCUGUCAACUCAGACGUGUGAUUGCAGCCCAUGGCUUUUCUUCCAAGGAAAUUAUCACAUUUUGGCAGGUUAUGCUAAGGAACACCACAUGCCAUUAUUAACUUGACGUUCUACCCAAAGCCUAGAGAAGGGAGGGAUACUUUGUGAAAGUGUUAAAGUUAGUACUGUGAAAUCUCCAAUGGAAAACUCAUGGGAAGGUCACUGAGUCGCUUACAUGGAACUGAAACUCCUGAAGACCCCAUAGACUGGAAGCAAGGAUUGCACUUGACUGGUGGUUUAUUCUGACAGCGAUCAAGUAAGGCCUUUUAAAGACGAUAUUCAGAGGAAUGAAACAUAAAGGAAUGGGAAGUUUUUGUUAAUAAAACUAAUAGGACCAAACUAUUCGAACAUGUCAUUCUGUAGGCUAGAACUUCUUAAAAGGGUUUCACUGAAUUAUAAGCUCAUUUGUCCAUAACAACAAAGCAGUGUGGAGUAUUAUUCAUUGAACAGUCUUGUCCGUUCAGGGUUUUGUGUAUAUCAUACCUGAAUUAGUUUUUUAAGAUAUAUAGUUCUAUGUAAAAAAAAAAGUUGUACCAAACAAAAGUUUAUCUGUUUUUGGUCAUUGAGAAGAUAUUUCAAGCUGUUACAGUAUUUCAGAGUGCUCAAUUAUUAUUUAAUAUGACUUAAACUUUUAUACUUUUUUGGGUGUUUGAAUGUUCUGGUUGUUUCAAUAUUGUGUAAACAAAAUAGUGAAUCACUCUUUAUAUUUAAACUUCUUUCCAGUUACUUCACUGAUGAGUUUAAUUAUUGAUAGCUCCAUCAGUGUGAAGUCAUUGGUCAUUAUUGUAUAUCAGUAAUCUCUUAGACUUUGGUAAACAUUUUGUUGUGGUAAUAUAGAGAAGAAUUAAAACACAAAGAUCUGAAUUACUGUCUUGUUUUUAAAAAUAGAAUCCCCAGUGUUUUUAGACGUCACUUCAUCUGACUCAUUUUUCCACCUGGAAAUUAGGAGUGAUGUAGAAUGCCAGGUAAGCAUGUUUCCAUUUGGAAAGGACUCUGAAGCCAAAAAGAAAAGAGAGCAUGUGAUGGCCAUAAUAUUAUAAAAUGAGUGUCAUACUUCAGUACUUGAGUUGGAAAGAGAAGUCUAAAGAGUCGUGUUGUUAACUGUUCCAUGUUUUUUCUCAUUAAUAGUCAGUUUGAGAAUAAAAAGGAAAAAAAAAUACA